GAGCACGCAGGGCCAAUGCCCUGCGUGUAGGCACGGCCGACAAACAAGCGGCGCGCGGACGGGCCGACGCACAGGGCGACCGCGAGCAUGCAGGGCCAAUGCCCAGCAUGCAAGCACGGCCGAUGAACGGAUCGCGCGGGGAUCAGCAAAAGACGGAAGACGGCGACGUGGACAGGGCCGAGGCGUGCGCAACACACGCCAACUGCGAGCGCGGAGGACGAAUGUCCAGUACACAGACGCGGUCGACGAACGCGCACAUAGGUACAGUAGCGAUACAUGCUCCUCAGACCCUCAAACGGCCAUAUCGUCUUGACACGGACGCGAGCGUCGAGAAGCCCUAUGUCGCGCGUGCGUCGUAUGCACCUGACGUCGAACAUCCGCGAGGCACUGCCGUGUAUGUGGAAAAAUACAAGGAUUAUUCGGUUUUGCAGCAGCAUAUCUUGUUCUGGGAUCGAGACGGCGAUGGGCAGAUCUGGCCUUGGGAUACCUACGUCGGUUUCCGGGACCUUGGGUUCAACAUCCUCUUUUCCCUGCUUACCGUCUACGUAAUCAACGUAUGCUUCUCGCUCCCGACUCGACUCGCGCACAGCUACCUCCCCGACCCCUUCUUCCGCUUCUACGUCUCCAGCGCGCACAAGUCCAAGCACGGCUCCGACUCGGGCGUGUACGACACCGAGGGCCGCUUCAUCCCUUCGCGCUUCGAAGACAUGUUCGCCAAGUACACGUCCUCAGGCUCCCGCACCCCCGCGGACUCGCUCUCCGGUCGCGAGCUUCUCCGCCUCAUGCAUGGCCAGCGCGUUGCAGUGGACCCGUUCGGCUGGAGCGCGGCGGUGUUCGAGUGGGGCGCGACGUACCUGCUCGUACAGAAGGACGGGCGGGUCUCGAAGGAGGACCUGAGGCGGGUGUACGACGGCUCGUUGUUCUGGGAGAUCAAGGCACGGAGGCAGACGAAGGAGGGUUGGAACAAGGGAUGGGGUCUGGGAGGCGACGGAUUUGUCGGUGGACGGAAGCUCCUGCCGUUCAGCCUGUGAGUGUAGUCUCGAUGUGACGAGGCGACGUUUCUUGCAGUCAAUACUUAUCGUACAACAUAAUCAUAUGUCUUGUUACAGCUAAUGUGACAUGUCCACUAGCACAAAGACGC